CAUCACGUAACAACUUGAACUAACAAGGCACAACAGUGAACUACAUACAGGGUAAUCUCUCAGAGCAACGGUCUGCACAUUUGACACAUCGAGACGGGAACUGCAGCAACUACGGAUAUUCAGCAUUUUCAAGAGCAACUCUGCCGCAACCUCAAUUAGCCCAAAAUGGCACACAAAACACCAGCAGGCCCAUCUUCACAUCGCACGAGCGGGCCAUGGCUCGGGCAGCCUGGGGCACUUCGACGGCGCGCCUCUCGCGGGACUCGUUUCUGCCCUUUGCCUCCUGCUGGCUCUGCUACGAGCCCGCGAUAGACCCAGUAGCCUGCGCCAAUGGGGACAUAUUCUGCCGCGAGUGCGCCCUCAGCAACAUUCUGGCCCAGAAAAAGGAGAUCAAGCGUGCCGAGAAAGCCCGCGAGCAAGAGGAGCGGGAAGCGCAGGAAGAGAAGGCCCGCCGCGACGCAGAAGCCCAGGAGCGAGCAAUUCGCGAAUUUGAGCUCACCCAGGCGGGGCUCAGCAUAAAGAGGAGUGAAAGCGCAAACAGUUCCGGCAGAGAAAAGCCAGAGCCAGUUGCUCGGGAGACAGAACGUUUGGAAAACGGGACCGAGAACGGCGCAAAAAGGGGUGAGAAGCGCAAGUUUUCAUUUGACCCGGACGAAGUUGCCCGCAUUGCCACUGAAGAGCGCGCGAAGGCGCGGAAGGCUAUUGAUGACGAAAAGGCCUCAAAACCCAAACUGCCAUCGUUUUGGUCUCCAUCGGUUACGCCCACGUCCAACGCCAACAAUGUUUUACAUGAGGUGAAAAAGAAGGUCAAGACCCAGCCGACAUGUCCAGCAUCCCCCGAGGACCAGCAACACUACUACUCGCUACACACUCUUAUUUCUGUCAAAUUCACCGAGGAGAUGGACUCCGAAAUUAAAAAAACGCAGAGGGUUUGCCCAUCCUGCAAGAAGGCGCUUACAAACUCGUCCAGGGCUACGCUGGCGAAGCCUUGCGGCCAUGUUCUCUGCAAGAGCUGUGUGGACCAGUUUAUGAGGCCGAAAGAAUCGCGUUCGAUUCGCUGCUACGUCUGUGAUGCUGACCUUACAGGGAACUCGGACUCUGCCGAGAGGGAGGGGAAGGCCGAAAAAGAGAAAAUCCGGCCUGGGUUGGUUGAGCUGCGGCGCGAAGGCACGGGUUUCUCGGCCGGCGGCAACAAUCAAGUUAAGAAAGACGCAGUGACAUUUCGAUGUUGAGGUUGAGCCGGCAGCUAUCAGCUGAUUCAAU